GGAUCAAUAGCAAUAGAUAAGAAUACCCAAUUACACGUUAGAAUCUUUCGAGCACGUGUAUAUUAAAAUUAUAUUUAUAUAUGUAUUAUAUAUACUGUAAUUAUAUACAAUAACUAAAAUUGUUAAUUGUAUUGUAAAUGUCUCAGUCAAUUGUAAAUACCGGUAAAUUUAAAUGCCCUGAAGGUUUUAAAGAGAUUAAUUUUGAAAUUAAAGACGAAUUAUGCGAAGAAGAUGUCAAAAAUGAAGAUAAUGAACUCUGGCUAAUUCAAACACCUAUUGAGAUGGAUAUUUCAUCAUUAGAGAAUAAAAGAAUCUCUUUGAAUAAGAGAACAGUUUUUAAAGGUGAAAACAGUUUACAAGAUGGAAAAAAUCAUGAGAUAUCAGCCACAGAAAUUAUACCUGAAAAUCUUUUAAAUUAUCAAUUAAUUCUUCCGUCUAAGGAACAUAACAAAUUAAAACCAGUGCCAGUAUCUUUUAGGGGUUAUUUGGAAGUAGUUGAGACUUUGGAUUUGCCAAAUGAAUUGAAUAUUAAAAAUGUUAAUAAAGAUAUAGCCAAUUUUGAAAAUUUAAGACAACGAUUUCUGCCGUUUGGUUCAAAUGAUGCAUUGUCAUUAUUUAUUAAGAAUGAAAAUGUUAAGAAGAAAAAAAAACGCUACCAUUAA